CGCACUUCCUGGGAAGCGGCGAGCGAGACGGGCCGGCCCGCGAGGCUCCUGGGCAGGCGGAGGGAAUGCCCGGGGUGUAGGCGCAGGUCUGGAAUAUUGCCACUCUGAGUUCAUAUGUGUAUUCUCAGUUGGUUAAAGUUAUUUUAGAACCACCAGGAACCUCAAAGAUUCGACAGACAAGCCUGAAAGAGCCUGUUAUCAUGGGCUGUCGAGAUGUCCAUGCAGCCACCGUCCUCUCAUUCCUGUGUGGAAUUGCCUCAGUAGCAGGCCUCUUUGCGGGGACUCUACUGCCCAACUGGAGAAAAUUACGGCUGAUCACGUUCAACAAAAAUGAAAAGAACCUGACUGUUUACACUGGCCUCUGGGUAAAGUGUGCCCGAUAUGAUGGGAGCAGUGACUGCCUGAUGUAUGACACCACUUGGUACUCAUCAGUUGACCAGCUAGAUCUUCGGGUCCUACAAUUUGCCCUGCCUCUCAGCAUAUUGAUUGCCAUGGGGGCACUACUGCUUUGCCUAAUUGGAAUGUGUAACACAGCCUUCAGGUCCUCAGUGCCCAAUGUCAAGCUGGCCAAGUGUUUGGUGAAUAGUGCAGGCUGCCAUCUGGUAGCUGGGCUUUUCUUUUGCCUGGCAGGUAUUGUGAGCCUUUCCCCAUCUAUCUGGGUCAUAUUUUAUAAUACCCAUCUGAAUAGGAAGUUUGAGCCAGUCUUUACAUUUGACUACGCAGUAUAUGUCACUGUUGCUAGUGCUGGGGGUCUAUUUAUGACUUCCCUUCUUCUUUUUAUUUGGUAUUGUGCAUGCAAAUCUUUGCCUUCGCCUUUCUGGCAACCACUUUACUCACAUCCUGCCAGUAUGCACACUUACUCACAACCCUAUUCAGCACGCUCCCGUCUCUCUGCCAUUGAGAUUGACAUUCCAGUAGUUUCACACACUACCUAAUGGGGAAAUAGUUGUUAAGAAAAACUUUGGUAGCCUCACAUCCCCAUAUACAAGGAGCUAUUUUGAACCUGUAUACAUUUUUCUUUUACUUCUGACCAGUCAGUGAAACCAAAUUUAUAUGUUCUUGUAGAAUGAAGUGCUGCUAGUUUUUAUGAAAGUGCUUUGUAUUAAAUGUGAAUUAUUUCCUUUUACUCUUACACUAGAGUUUUUAACCUUCAUAUUAAUACCAGUUAGUAGAAAGAAUCUUUGUCUCAAGUGAGGUGACUUAGAGCAACUUAUAAAGUUGAAAAUGUUGGCCAAGAGGAGGUAUUGUAUGUAUUCUGAAUAUUUCAGAUGGUUUAUUGUUCUUCCCCAAAAUAUUUAAAGCUGGAAAAAAGAUUACUUCAAAUAUAAGAAAUUUAUGUCUGGUAGGGUAAUACUUUUAAGAGUAGUCAGCUUAAGACUGCUACUUACUUUCACAUGCCUAAUUAUAUUGAAUAUGGCCUAGUGUUUUGAAGAUUAUUUUGUGAGUUAUCUUCUACCUCAUGCCA